AUACAUGAUUUAUGUUUGGUAUUUGUUCUUUAAUAUCACAACAAAACAUCAUGCUCAUCCAUUUUCCGGUGCGCCGGUUAGCGUUCCCAAAACUCAAAACGUAUAUGUAAAGCGAAGAGGGAACGAUUCCGUCGAACGCUCCAUUUCUUCUUCCGAACUAAAAUCUUCACUUCGCGUUUGGCAUUUUCUCUGACAAAGCAGCUGAAAGGAAAAGCGAAGAAAAGCCAUGGACGAAAGCUCUUCUACCAAGAGAUGGCUUCCUCUCGAAGCUAACCCCGAUGUCAUGAAUCAGUUCCUUUGGGGCCUAGGUCUUACCGAGGAUGAGGUGGAGUGCUAUGAUGUGUAUGGAUUAGAUGAAGAACUCUUAGAGAUGGUCCCAAAGCCCGUGCUUGCUGUCCUAUUUCUUUACCCCUUAACCCCUGAGACGGAAAAAGAGAGACUAUUGGAGGACAAUGUUAAGAAGGAUCCAAGCAGUAGAGUUUAUUUCAUGAUACAAACUGUGGGAAAUGCUUGUGGAACAAUUGGGCUUCUUCAUGCUGUCGGGAAUGUCACUUCUAAGAUUAAGCUUCGUGAAGGCUCAUUCUUCGACAGGUUCUUCAAAUCUACAGAGAAGAUGACUCCAUUGGAGCGUGCGGCAUUUCUUGAGAAGGACAGAGAAAUGGAAGUUGCUCAUUCUGUUGCAGCUACUGCAGGUGACACAGAGGCUUCUCGUGAUGUAGACACUCAUUUUAUCUGCUUCACAUGUGUGGGUGGAGAGCUUUAUGAACUUGAUGGUAGAAAAUUGGGGCCAAUCUCUCAUGGGGCAUCCUCACCUAGCAGUUUGUUGCAGGAUGCAGCUAAAGUUAUACAGGGGGUGAUCAAGAAAAACCCUGGCUCGAUCAAUUUCAAUGUUAUUGCCGUCUCGAAGAAAGUUGGAUAAGCAUGUAAGGGCAGCUCCCUGAGCUAGAGCUUUUUGAGCAUAACCAUUAGAUGCUAGUUCACUAUGCCCGCAGCCUGUGGCCUGAGCUAGAGAGCGAAGCUCGGGAACAUCUACUGAAGGUUUAAAUUUGUAGCCUCCUUGCGAUCCAUGAUAUUUCGGUACUUGUUUUUUUCUGGUUUGUAUGCAUGUGUCCACAAAACUCCAUUGCGCUUUUCUGGGGUUGGUAUGGCUCAAUCUGGCCUUUGACUGUUUCUGCAAAGGCAGCAAAAUGUACUUGGGGGUCAGUUCCAUCACUUAGAAAAGCAGAUGGGGCUUGGUCCAAACCCUAAAAUUAGUGUAGUGUUGAUGAUGAUCGUCGACUUAAA